CUGAAAUCAGUCAGGGCAUCACGUCACUUUUCAGUUUUCACCGUUGUUUUCUUAUAUGAGCCAGAGAACCAAAACAAACUUCCAUCCAUUCGCAGCGCGAGCGAAAACGUUUACGGAGUUUCCUUCUCCUCCUCCGCAUUCAGUAAAUAAUACCAGCCAGGUGAGGAAAAACCGAGAGGAAAAUCUCAAUUCCUGUUCGAGCGUAUAGGCCAGAGCGUAAACUAGGUACUCCAUACCGAAUCCGCGCGAAGUUCAGUUCAGUUGGGUUCUUGUUCUCGGUGCGACGUGUAAUCGGUUCCGUGUCCGUCGUUGACUCCGAGGUGUGGUCGUCGUGCCUGAGUUUAUGUCAUCGUUCCCCCGUGUUCCGUGAGAAGAAUCCUGACCAUAUCCAAUCCCAUCUUAAAUGUAGGUACGGUGUUUGCAUUGCGUGAUAAGAAAAAAUCUCAUCGUGAAGAGUGCUGAGAAGAGAAGAAAGUGAAGUACAGAAAGCCUAAGCUUUAAGGGUUUGCCUUACAAAAGAGUGGAUUGAUUCCGAGAAUUUCAGUAAAAAGAAACCCGGGAGGAAAUUCUAUCUCCUGGAAAAUUGUUUGUGCUCAAAGAAAGAAGGAAAAUGAAUGCCAGUGUGUUGUCUCUAAUCCGGGUGUCCAAUUCGGUGCUCGGUCAGUAUACGAGAUUCGUGGCGGGAACUCUGGUUCAGGGGCCAACCAGUGGGUUGAUAUGUGCGGAACGAAUACAGGAGGCUUCCCGUUGUGAGUGGUUCCCCCCAUCACAGAGUAGGAGGUUUAGCAGUCUGAGCGGAAGCAGCAGGAGAAGCUUGACGAAGAACACCUGUAGGAUUAGCAUUGAGAAAUCGUGGCAAAUGGCAGCUGGAAUGAAGAUAGGAAGUAGUCGAGGAUAUACGCAGGCGGCGUCCACUCUGACGCGGGAGCAGCUCCACGAUUUGGUGUACCGCCUCAACGAAGACGAACGGGAACUGCUGAUGAACACGCUGAAGCAGUUCGAAUCCAACAAACAGAAGGCCCAAUUUGAAGCGGAAACAGUUCCAGCUCCAGCGACGAAGGAUUUGAUGAAACUGGGAUUAGUAAAUGCACUGCCAUUCAUAGGAUUCGGGUUCCUGGAUAAUUUCACCAUGAUCAUUGCGGGAGACUACAUCGAGCACACCCUAGGACUGUUCAUGUGCAUCUCGACGAUGGCUGCGGCUGCCCUGGGGAACACAAUCAGCGACGUGAUUGGCAUCGGGUCGGCUUUCUACGUGGAAAAGCUGGCCGAGAUGAGCGGAGUGAAACCACCCAAACUGACGCCGAUACAGCUCGAGAUGAAAUCCAGCCGGCGGGCAGCGAACAUGGGACGUGUAUUAGGAAUUACCAUCGGAUGUCUGCUGGGGAUGUGCCCGUUAAUGUUCAUGAAGGACGACCCGAAAGAUGCGGAUAAAAAGGACGAAAAGGCCGAUGCAGUUGGUGUGCCGGUAGACGCUGUCAUCGCAGUACAUGGCAAGUAAACCAACUCAUCCCUGAUUAUGCCGCACCGAACAAUCGCUGCCGCUGGGAGGCAGAAAUCUUCUCAACCUUAGUCAAUUUUAAGAUAGCGCUAAUUAUACGAACGGUAUUGUGUGGACCGAAGUCAUGCCACGUCGAACGUUUAUGUUUGCAUGUUUGUGUUAUCUGAAACCGCACCGAGACGGGCGCGUGAAUUUUAUUUAGACAAACCUUAACCGUGUAAAUAAUACCUAGGUUUAAUUCCUAAUGACGAUGGAUGAAAGACAUAGAUGAAUAGAAUGAUGAAAGGCGAAGGGUAUGCACACUUUGCCACACGUGCUGAGUAUAACUCACGUUAUUUACUUUCUACGCUAGUCUUUCACUCUAAGCGGAAUGCGAUCGUGUAGUAGUUAGUUACAAAUAUCGACUUUUGAUAUUUUAUAGAAGUUUUCCAUUUUUCUCGAAAUUGCUGCUCAAACAUUCGAAGGUUUAGCUUUAUCACAAUCAUCGCUGCUUGCGACUAAUCACGUUCUUUCAAUUGUAUUUGAUGCUGUUGGACAUGCUUACGGUUAAACCCCUCUGGAAAUGAAUAUUGUUAUCUGAUUGAUCCGUUAGAACUUUAAAUAGCGUUAUUCUGCCAAAGCAAUUCGACUAUAAUAGAACAAUUCACGUAAUAAGUGUAAUAAUUAAAAAUAAAACAGCACGCGUAAGUAUUAUUCCAGAGAAUAUCGAUUUUCUUAUUAGAAAUUAAUUGUAUUGGCGAACUGUAGAUGAGCUCGAUAUUGUAUGACAUGUCUAUCGCAGUUACCAAUAACAUUACAACUAUUGUUUGUCAUACAUUCAGUAAAUGGGAGAUGAUUCAUAAACAAUAUAAAAAUCUAGCUGAACUUGAUUGUGGAUCUAUUUCUUAAUUAAUCAAUUUGUUUCUAAGAGAUGCCGGCGGAUGUUUGGACAAUCUGCAAGGAUUUCUUAAGGUUUUUCCUUGAUUUUGUCAAGUAUUCUUCCUUGGGUACUUUUUUCCAAGAGACUAUUUCUGGACUUUGUCCAAAGAGUAUUAAAAUUUUUU